UCAAUGGCUCCUCCAGAGAGUAGUGCGGCGACAAUUGAGCCAAAAACGUCCAUUGACGGCUCUGGUCGAGCAUAUGUCAGCAAAGCACAAGAUGUGGUAGCAACUGUUUUGGCAAAAGGUUCUGCACUCAGACAAGAUGCAGUGAACAAAGCAAAGGAGUUCGAUGAAAAGCACAGAUUAACAGCCAGUGCUUCAGCCAAAGUCAUGUCCUUUGACAAGAGAGUUCGACUUACAGAGAAAUUGACGGUCGGGAUUUCAGCUGUUAAUGAGAAAGUAAAAUCUGUUGAUCAAAGGCUUCAAGUCUCCGAUAAAACCAUGGCAGCAAUAUUUGCAGCAGAGAAGAAAUUAAAUGACACGGGUUCUGCUGUCAAAUCAAGCAGAUAUGUUACUGCAGGAGCUGCAUGGUUCAGUGGUGCUUUCAGCAAAGUUGCGAGAGCAGGUCAGGUUGCGGGGACAAAAACCAGAGAUAAAUUCAAUCUAGCUAUCUCAAAAAAAUAA